GCUUUCGUUCAUUUCAUUCAACGUUCGUCACCACCACAAGCACAACAAAAAAAGUUUUCCUGUCACGAAUCACGAAUUUGUAUUUUCAGUCGCGGUGCAAUUUAUUUUUCUUGCCAGUUUAAAUAGAAUUCCAAUUAUAAUUUUCACACUUUCAUCAGUUUACAAUGAUAACAACUGAAAAGCAAUAGUAAUGUGAUCAACUCGUCAUCCAAUUUACAUCAUAACUUCGUCAUCGAGUGUGCUCGAAGUGGUGUGAUUGUCCGUACUCUUAUUUAUUUAGGCACUAAUUUCACAACAAUUACUAGUGAAUAGCGAUGCUGUGUAGGUAGUGAAGAGCAUAACGCGUGUGAAAUGUCACAACAUGGUUGUCCCGAGAGACUGCCGAACAGGUCGAAGGGAUUCCCUGAGGAGGGCGCGGGGCCCACCAUGGAGCUGCUGGUGGAGACGCUCACCGGCACCGCCUUCGAGAUGACCGUGUCGCCCUCCGACACCGUGCACGCCAUCAAGUCCAAGAUCUACCGGGUCGAAGGCAUCCCGAUAUCCCAGCAGCACCUGCUCUACAACCUCAAGGAACUCGACGAUGCGUCCUCGCUGCACGAGCUGUCUAUCUGCGACGGCGCGCGCCUGCGCCUCGUGCUCGGGCUGCGCGGCGGGCCCGUGUCCACGCGCCGCCUGCCGCCGCCGCCCGCCAGUGAUGCUAAUUGGAGGGAUAUUGAGCGACUGCUUGAUGGGAACAGAGACGGCGGCGGCUGCAAGGUGACAGUGCUGGUGUUCCGCGACGGCGAGCGAGUCAACAUGCUGCGCGUGCGAGAGAACCACGACGGCACCUACUCGCCGCUCGACCCCGCCGCGGCAGGUCAGUACACGCCCGCCGCACCCCACAGAGACCCCGCCGCGGCAGCGUCGCCGCCCCCCCGCGCGCCCGCCCCCGCCCCCGCGCCCGCCCACCACGACAACGCGGUGACGCUGGGCAAGAUGCGCGAGCUGCGCCGCCGCCUCGACUCGCUGUCCGUGCAGCGCGCUAGACCAAGGAAUGACGAUGAAAAACCCGAACCGAUCCAAAAGACGCGCAGCGAAGAAACCCUGUCCGUCCCGAGUCUCCUAGACGAAGCGGCCAGCUACAGUACACGAGACUUCUCGUACGACGACGACGCUUUUACACCACUAUACGACGGCAGCUACACUAAAUACGACUACGACUGCUCAUUCGCUGACCGCUACACACUCUUGCCUCCUAUUGGCUCGCGCACCGACUCAGAAGAAACCAUCGACAGUGAUAGGCUGAAACUAUCCGAUGCGUUAUCCGGUUCGAUAUUGGUGAAGAGUGGCAGACGGGAGGGAAGGGAUGAGGAGGCGGCCAUUUUGGAGGAGAGUGUCAGUUUUGACGGGUCAGUGGAGGAGUGUCUGAGGCAGGAGGCCGCUGCGAAGAACUUGGCGCCGAUCUCAGCGGAUAAUGGGGAUUAUGGUCCCCUAACAUUCGGCCGGCGCGCCCGCCUGCACCUGCUCGGCGUGCCCGCGCGCGCCCCCUCCCCCCCGCCCGCGCCCCCGCGCGCCCCGCCCCGCCCCCCGCGCGCGCCCCUCUCGAGUUCCACCCCGGACCUAGACGCGAGGGAGCGGACUAGGAUACUGCCGCAGCUGAGCCGGUAUAAGAAUAGAGAGCACCUGCACCUGAGCGACGAAGGCUUAUCCAUCGAGCGCCCCCUCGAAGUGACCCGGCUAGUUGCCGCCCCCGCCCCCGCACCCCCCGCGCCCGCGCCCGCCCCCGCGCGCCGCGUCCGUUGCGGCUUCUGUCGCAAGCGGCUCAGCAUAGCGACCGCCCACCGCUGCCGAUGUGGCGCCACCUACUGCGCGCCGCACCGCUAUGCUGAGGUACAUGGCUGUGCCUACGACUACAAGGCGGAGAGAGCCCACAGCCCGCCCAGGCUGCAAGCGCCGAAACUGCCUAAGAUAUAGAAGGUUAGGUUAAGUGGCACGGGGGUCGCUGUACAAAUCGAACGAACGAGGUUUGAUGUGCAAUCGGUAACGCGGUUGGCGCAGCUUAGGAAAAACAAAACCAAAACUGCAUUAAUCGUACCGAUUGCGUGACAAUUCUCGUUCGAUCGUCGAUUUAUAGAGUGACCCCCCAGGAACUAAGCGGUCGCGAAUGUGAGCGGUUGGUUGUGCCGCACGAGUGUACUGAUAGCGUGUAAAUUGUCGAUUAGACGGUCUAAAGUCCAUUAGGCGGUAGACCCAGUAUUGUUGUAUUAUAAAGUCUGGCGGCGCCGCGGUUCGUCUAAAGAAUUAGUUAGACGCACCGUGGUGUCGGCAAGUGUAAAAGUUAUAAAAAAAUAUGCCUUGUUUGUACGUACGGACGGAGAAAUUGUUGAAAGUACAGAUGAUAUUAUAUGUGACGUCUUAUUGGACGUGUUAGUGUAGUUCGCUAAUUCAUAUUAUACAUAUUUAGUUCCCAAUUAACUGUUUGUUAAUGAGUAUAUAAAUUGUGGUGGUGUUGCAUGAGGCAAUGUGUUUGUUUUAUUGUGGUUGGUGUCCUGCACUCACGAUUGUGAGCUACUCGAUGCUACAUGUGUUUGCUAGACAAAUCUCGUCAUCAUUAUACUAUAAAUCCUAAUUAUGAUUAAUUAAUUAUACAUUUUCGUUCACAACUUGUUGGGGUGGAUCUAAUAAAUUGACUUAUAAAUAGAUAUAUUGAAAUGCACUAUUCAAUGUUCUUGUCAUAAAGUAAUACUAUAAUUAUGUUAGCGCUAAUGCUUGUCUAAUAUUAUUGUUUCAUAAUUAAUCCGGUGGAUACUGGCUAUAUUUUUUUUGUGUAAAAAAAUUGUUGCAGGUCGGAGAGUAAAGUCAUUGAAAAUUGUGAUAAUAUUUUGACGUAAGAGGAAAAUGUUAAAAUUACUUAUGCCACGUGUGUUUUUUGUAAAGAAAUUAUAGCAAUUUGAAAAAAUAUAGAUAAAAGUGAUAGCUUCAAAUAAUUGCCCGAUUUUUUAAAACACUUAGGUGCUUUUAUUUUGUGCUGUAACAGGUUUCUUGAUUUUUUGUAUAAACUGAAGUAAUGCUUAUGAUUAUGUUCUACAUAUUAUGAACGCCUAGUUUUUGUAUUGUGUUCUCAAACGGUCUUUCAGAAAUGUCUGACCCAUUGUGUCCAAAUGUCUAUUGAUUUUCUAAUAACACUUAAUUCCUCUUAUAAGAACAUCUGUUACAUUUGCAGUCAUAUACAUAUUUUCGUAGAAUACAUUGUGUAUUAAAGUUUUAAACAUACAUAGGUUAUAUUUUUAGUAAUCCACGUAGAACUGAAUUUCGCAAGCAUCUGCCCCCGGCGGGUCACAAAUGUCACAGAUGAAAUCAUAAGAUGAAUCAAGCUGCAACGGUAUUUAAUUUAAUUAAGUUUAUAGAUAAUUUUUAUUUGGGAAAAUAAUUUUGGCUGAUUUUGAUAAUAAAUAUUUGUAAUGCGAAAGCGACAA